GAAGAUGGAAUUGGACUUUUUGUUGACAAUGUGAUCUAACAACAGUUACACUUCUGCUGCUUUUAAAUUUAGUGUUAGUUACAAAAACAGGUUGAAUGGACUUCGACUAGACAUGGGAGACAUGUAAUCCCAGGUGCAGUCUGGCUGAUUUGAUACUGUAAAAUUGAUCUUCCUGACUGAGAAAAGGCCUGAAGUCUGGGUGUCGGACUCUUGAGACUAAGUGAUCGUGGACUGAAUAUUACAAGGUGAUAGAACAAAGGCUUCACACAUCCCAACAGCCCAAGGAGCCACUAUAAGCAAUCAAAAACGCCUUUCCACUUGUACGUCAGCUGUUGUGGAAACACCACCUAUAAUUAAAAUAAUUUUUCUCUCAAAAGUUUAUACCAGCUCUAUGAAGAUGGACAUAUUUGACGAGCACUAUCACUGCGUUAUUGUCAGUGUUGAAGGGAUGACAUGUGGGUCUUGUGUGAGAAACAUCCAGGAGCAAGUGGGAGAUGUGGAAGGAGUCCAGCAUUUAAAGGUAUCACUUGAAGAAAAACAAGCUCUCAUAAUCUUCGACCCGACAAAAACAAAUCAAACAAAGCUGAGGGACAGAAUCGACGACAUGGGAUUUGAGGCUUCACUUCCAGACAUGUCACUUCAGACCGGUGUCCAAAUGAUGGUCGUUAAGAUUGAAGGGAUGACGUGUCAGUCUUGUGUCAAGUCUAUUGAGGGAAGAAUUGCCACUGUUAGCGGUGUUUGUGGGAUAACAGUUACCUUGGAUGCAAAACGUGGUGAAAUUUGGUACCGGCCAGUGGUCAUAACACCGAAACAACUAUGCAGUGAAAUAGAAGAUAUGGGUUUUGAUGCUACAAUUGAGGAGGACAACAAAAUGGAGAAAUUAAAAGAAGUUGUGAUUAACAUCAGUGGGAUGACAUGCAAGUCGUGUGUGAGAUCUAUCGAAGGGCAGAUAUCUGACAUGGAUGGGGUGGAGAGGAUCCAAGUGUUGCUGGAGGAGAAACUUGGGCGUAUACAUUACAUAUCUUCAAAGGUCUCUGCUGAAACCCUCAGAGAUGCCAUUGAUGAUAUGGGAUUCGAGGCAACUCUUAAAGACACUGGGGUUUCACUGACAUCGGUUUCAAUCCACGUUGAAGGAAUGACCUGCAACUCCUGUGUCCGCUCUAUCGAAGGGAUGAUAUCAACAUUUGAUGGUGUCAACAAAAUUAAUGUUUCUCUCGACAAGAAAGAAGCCAUGAUUGAGUUUGACUCUAAGAAGACCACCUCUGAAACAUUACGGGUAGGAAUUGAAGAUAUGGGGUUCGAUGCCACUCUUCCUUCGAGCUUCUUUUUGGUUGAUUUGAGCAGCAGCUCAACUAAAACAGUCACCUUAGGGGUGAAGGGAAUGACUUGUAAUUCGUGCGUCCGAAACAUUGAAGGAAUGAUCUCGACACAGCCCGGUGUGCAAGUUAUCAAGGUAUCCCUUCAGGAAGAAAAUGCAACAAUUACCUACACAUCGUCUCAAACUAGCCCAGAGACUCUGCGAGAUGCUAUUGAUGAUAUGGGGUUUGAAUGCUUCAUUCCAUCGGAAACUAAACGUGAGACCCGGUUUGAAAUCGUCACCAUUAAUAUCGUGGGGAUGACCUGCAACUCGUGUGUGAAGUCCAUUGAGGGGGAAAUCGGACAGAAAGGCGGGGUGAAGUUGAUUAAGGUCUCUCUUGCUAAUAGUUCCGGGACUGUUGAGUAUGAUCCUGUAGUAAUGACGCCUAGCCAGCUGGUGGAAGCCAUUGACGAUAUGGGGUUUGAGGCUUCCUUACAAGAGGCUCUUCCCAGUAAAACACUCAUGCCUCCAAGCCGGCAACAAGGUGCUCAUGUGACCUUCAAGCCGGCCCAGACUGGAGAUGAGAUGGCUAUUGUAAGCUUGACGGACGGUGACAUUGAGAAGUGCUAUCUCCAUGUUACUGGGAUGACAUGCAGCUCAUGUGUGGCCCUCAUUGAGAACAAACUCGGAAAGAAGAAAGGUAUAAAAUCAGUCAUGGUUGCUCUGAUGGCCCAGAAAGCUGAGGUGACCUUCGACUCUUGCCAUUUGACCCCAAGUGAGAUUGCCACCAUGGUGGAUGACAUGGGAUUCGGUGCCACGGUCAUGGAAGAUCAAGACAAAAGAAACCAAGAGGGUUUGCUGGAAUUACAUAUUGCUGGUAUGACCUGCGCAUCUUGUGUUUCCUUAAUCGAGUCGUCCCUCAUCAGAAAACCAGGCAUCAAGUCCGUUUCGGUGGCCCUAGCAACCUCUAGAGGGCGCUUUGAGUUUGAACCGUCAGUUACAGGACCAAGGGAUAUUAUCAAAGCUAUUGAGGAUGCUGGUUUUGAGGCUGGUCUGAUCACUGGCAAUAACAGGGAUAAAAGUGCAGCUCUGGAUCAUUCCGAUACCAUCAAAAGAUGGCGUCGUUCCUUCCUAUUCUCGUUGGUCUUUGGUCUGCCUGUCUUUUGUAUGAUGUUAUAUGACAUCAUAGCCCAUCCCAUACAUGCCUGUAUAUUUCCAGGCUUAUCACUUCACAAUCUCCUGCUCUUUGGUUUCUGCACUCCGAUACAGGUGUUUGGAGGCCGUUACUUCUACAUCCAAGCCUAUAAAGCUAUGAAACAUGGUGCAGCCAACAUGGACGUCUUGAUCGUAUUGGCAACCUCUGUCUCCUAUCUCUACUCUGUCACUGUGCUUCUCAUUGCCAUCUUAGCGGGAGCGACCACAAGCCCAAGGACAUUCUUUGAUGCUCCUCCCAUGCUAUAUAUCUUUGUAACAUUAGGGAGAUGGAUGGAACAUGUUGCCAAGGGUAAGACUUCUGAGGCCCUGACCAAAUUGAUGUCAAUGCAAGCCACUGAGGCUCGUCUGGUAAACUAUGACGAUCUUGGCCGCAUAGAGAAGGAGACAUUGAUUGAUUUAGACCUCCUGCAGAGGAAUGACAAGGUGAAGGUCCUGCCCGGAGAGAAGAUCCCAGUGGAUGGGGUCGUAGUUGAGGGGUCGUCCAUGGUGGAUGAGUCUCUGAUUACGGGAGAGUCCAUGCCAGUGACCAAGAAAGUUGAGAGCACGGUGAUCGGAGGCACCAUUAAUCAGAAUGGUGUGUUGCUGAUUAAGGCCACCCAUGUUGGUGCAGAUUCAGCACUGUCUCAUAUUGUCAAACUGGUAGAGGAGGCACAAACAUCUAAGGCGCCUAUUCAGAAGUUAGCUGAUCGCAUUGCUGGAGUCUUUGUACCUGGUAUUGUUAUCAUCACCCUAAUUACUCUGGUAGCACAUGUUGUGACAGGAUAUAACAACCCUGACAUGGUUCAUCCGACAUUCCUCUUAAAUAAAAACCACAACAUGACCAACACCCAGAUGGUGUGGCAGUACUCCUUCCAAUGUGCAAUAUCUGUCCUGUCUAUUGCCUGCCCAUGUGCCCUGGGUCUUGCCACCCCUACUGCCGUCAUGGUGGGGACCGGGGUUGGGGCAAUCAACGGAAUCUUAAUCAAAGGAGGGGGACCUCUGGAGAUCGCACACAAGAUAAAGACGGUAGUGUUUGAUAAGACUGGGACUAUCACCCAGGGAGCUCCGAGAGUCAUCAGGGUCCUUCUCUUCCUCCCCGAGUCCCUCUGCUCUCAGCAGAAGCUGGUUGCUCUGGCCGGCUCGGCUGAAGCUAACAGUGAACACCCUAUCGGAGCAGCCAUUACCAAGUUUGCAAAGGAGAUGUUUCACUGUGACAUGCUGGCCAAGUGUUCAGAGUUUCUGUCCAUCUCAGGAUGUGGUCUGAAGUGUAACGUUCACUCAGCGGAGGUGGAGCAGCUGCUAAUGAAGGCAACCAAUUUUGACAUUACGUCAGAGGUGGAGAACGGCAGCCUUAUGGUUGAGAUUGAUCGUCAGGUGGUGGACGUGCUGGACAGUGGUCCGCCGGUCAUUCCACUCAGCGAAAAGGAACAACUGCCUUCCAACCUAAAACUUCCAGGAAAGGGUGCUCAAGACAAGGUACUGAUUGGCAAUCGGGAAUGGAUGAAGAGGAAUUUCUGUGAUGUGACAUUGGAAAUUGACUGCCAAAUGAAAGAUCAUGAAGAAAGGGGUCAAACUGCUGUGCUCGUUGCUGUAAAUGAUGUGAUAGCUGGUAUGAUCGUUGUAGCUGAUGCAGUCAAACCAGAGGCGGCAUUAGCCGUGUAUAUUCUCAAGAAGAUGAAACUUAACACAGUACUGCUGACUGGAGACAACCGCAAGACUGCCCAGGCUAUCGCUGGACAAGUUGGCAUCGGGCAAGUGUUUGCAGAGGUCCUACCGCAGAACAAAGUGGAUAAAAUCAGAGAAUUACAACAGCAGAAGCAAAUCGUGGCCAUGGUUGGCGAUGGUAUUAAUGAUUCCCCAGCGUUAGCUCAGGCUGACAUAGGAAUGGCAAUUGGUACAGGAACGGACGUGGCUAUAGAGGCAGCUAAUGUGGUGCUAAUCAAGGAUAAUUUACUGGAUGUCCCAACAGCCAUCCAUCUUUCCCAUAAGACUGUACAGCGGAUUAGAUUCAAUCUUGUCUUUGCUUUAUUCUACAACAUCAUUGCCAUACCAAUCGCUGCAGGUGCUUUUAUGAGUUUUGGUCUUGCCCUACCACCAUGGAUGGCUGCGGCUGCCAUGGCCAUGUCUAGUGUCUCAGUCGUCAGUUCAUCACUUCUACUUAAGUUUUACCAUAAACCUGAUUACCAAAAAAUGGCUGAGAAAGACAUGGCUAGUAUCCGGAGCAGCUCAGGGAUGUACUUCGGAAACGGAAACACAAAGACUCACAAGAGGGAUUUGGAGAUGGACGAAAUGGCCUCACAGAGUAUGCUGAAACGACUACUCACAAAAAACAAACCAAUUCAGAAGGACAAGGGAAUGAGCGUGCAUCUCUUGAGCGAGUCAGAUGAAGAAGAGUAACAGGCCACCCUUGUGAGAUUCGAUGACAAAGAGUUUCACAUAAACAUAAAUAUUUUUUUACUCCCAAAAGCAUGAACGCCAAGAGUGUGACACGAUAGGUUUUAACCAACAGUGUAUUCCCAAAUUGGUAUUACAAAUUAGGUUACAUAGGACUAUAAUUACUGUAAGAGUUGCAAUUGUAUCGCCUUGUUCAAACCAACAGUGUAUUUCCAAAUUGGUAUUACAAAUUAAGUUACAUAGGGCUAUAAUUACUGUAAGAGUCGCAAUUGUGUCGCCUUGUUUAUAAGUCGCGUGACAUUGUGCAUUUCAGGGCAUCUUCUGAUAUGUUACAUACAAAACUGCCGAUAUUGGAUAUUUUAAAUUUUGUAUUGUAAUUUCAACAUGAAAUCCGAUAUUGUUAAAGUUGUUUAAAACAGGUUUUGAAACGUGAUUCCUUUUUUUUUUAACGAUUAACUGUCACCCCUGUGAAGUUUUAUGCCUGCAGAAAACAUGUGAUUUCAUCAGUAACAUGGUCUUUACUUGGGUUAAGAACAAUCAUCAUCCCCCAUAACAUAUGACAGAAACUGUAACAGGGCUCAGUGAAAAAAUAAUAACAAUAAUUGACUUUAUAUUAGCAACAGUGUCCACCAAUGCUGAUGCUCAUGGUGCUCCAAUUACCUCUGUUCACUGGGCCAUUUAUUUAAUUCAUGAAACCAUCUCCACUCCCUUGGAGUAAACAGCCUCUGCUGUCAAGUAAACAGCCUCUGCUGCUGCCAAGUAUGUACAUGUAGCCCACCAAGCUAAAUCAAUCACAAGAACCAUCUCUGCCUUCACAGGUACCCAUUUACCCAGUGAAUGAAGAGAAGCAGAAGUGUCUUGCUCAAGGAUACAAGUGUCAUGGACAGGAAUUGAACUCGCACACUUAUGCUUUUACCACCAGAACUCGAGUCCAUUGCCAAGAUACACAAUAAACUGCCACCAUUAUGUUCUCAUGUCAAAUAACAUUGGUUACAAGCAAUUUCACGUAAAGUAAAGUAACUUAUGCAUUUGUAGCCGAUACUCGGAUAGUAACACGCAUGAUACCCAUAAUGCAACAUUCAUAGUGUAAGUAGUAUUGGAUGUGUUUAUAUAUUUAAUACAUUCAUAAAGUUGACAUUCUUUAAAGCCAUUGGACACUUUCGAUAAACAGUAUUGUCCAAAGGCCCACACUUCAUGUAUCACAACUUCUAU